UAGCCAUUUCCUUCUCUAGUUAGGGGUAGGUCAUUUGAUUUUUCCCUGUAUAUGUUUGGGUAUCUCACAAUAUUAAUGAGAUUCCUUUAUCCCUAGAGGUUUAAUUUAUGUUUCCUAAACUGUGUGAAUUAAGUGGUGAUCACAACUUCUCUAGAUAUCUUUCUGGCUAGAAAGAAACAGAAUAGAACUCUUUGAAAAUGAAUCUUUUUUCACAUGCUGUUCUUCAGAUACAAGUCCAGCAGUCACUGGAAAAAAAGAAACUUGAACUUCCUUCCUCUUUCUUUGCAUCUUAAGAACAGGAAAUGAAGUUCUUGUGGCUGACACACUCCUUCUGCAGAGGUGUGAGAAAAGUCCGCAGGAAAAGCGUGUUCUUCACCAUUGAAAAUACCCAUACAAAUUACGAGCAUGCAAACGCCCAUUGAGAAAUGAGUAUGUUAAUCAGGGAAACUCUGUGAAGCUGGCAGUCUGAGUGGGCAACAGAGCAAGCCAUUGACGUGAUGCCAGCAACGAAGGACAGCAAUGCUCUGUUUGGUCUGGGUGCUUCUCUGGCCUGUUGCAGAAGGAAGAAUCCAGGGGCUUAAUAUUUCAGACUGCGCCACCAAAACACUCCUUUGGGCAUAUUCUUCCAGCAGAGAAGAGGAGUUUGUAAUAUUUUGCGAUUUAUCAGAGGCACAGAAACCACACUUCCACCACAGAAGUCAACCCUCACCAACCCGAGGUCUUCAACGCUUGCCCUGCAAUGGCAGCAAGGACCUAUCGGAUGUGCAGUGGUAUCUACAACCCCAGGAGGGAGAACCUUUGGGAGAAAUUGUUGGGAGCCACCCUCACAUCAUUCAGGACAAGAACACACUUCGCUUUUUAACCCCGUGGAUGAAUAAUUCAGGGCUCUAUGUUUGUAGGCCCAGGAUUAGGAGCCCCCGGGACGAGGCCUGUUGUAUCAAGAUGGUCUUGAAGGUUGAACCUCAGUUAAAUGCAUCCUGCCAGAGCCGUGUCUCCCAUCAGCAAAACCUUCUUCUCGGUAGCACUGCUCACAUCCAUUGUCCCAGUCUCAGCUGCCAAAGUGAUGUGAAAAAUCCAGAGAUGACUUGGUACCAGGAUGGAAGACUCCUCUCUGAAAAAAGGAGCAACCCUAUCAUGCUGGAUGAAAUUUAUGACUAUCAUCAGGGCACGUAUGUGUGUGAUUACGUUCAUCUGGAUAACACAGGCUCAUGGACAGUCAGAGCUGUUGUUCAAGUGAGAACCAUCGUGAAAAACACCAAACUCAAACCAGAUAUUUUGGAUCCCAUCAAGGACACAGUGGAAGUAGAAAUCGGAAAGCCUGUAACGCUUACCUGCAAGGUGCGAUUCGGCUUUGAGAAGAACUUCAGCCCUGUGAUCAGAUGGUACAUCGUGGAGUCCAACAGGGAGUGGGAAGCCCCGGUACCCGAGGGAAAAAGCGUUAAAUCCACCUUGGAGGAUGAAAUCAUUGAGCGUGUUCUCUUCUUCAAAGAAGUGACUCAAAGCGAUCUUCACAAGACGUUCCUUUGCUUUGCUCAAAACUCUAUCGGGAACACAACCCAAUCCAUUCAACUGAAGGAAAAGAAAGGAGUGGUUCUUGCCUACAUCCUGCUUGGCACAGUGGCGACCCUGCUGGGCCUGUUGGCAGCGAGUGCCCUACUCUAUAUGUACUGGAUUGAAAUAGUGCUGCUAUGCCAGACCUACCGGAGCAAGAACGAGACGCUUGGAGAUGAAAAGGAGUUUGACGCCUUCGUGUCCUACGCGAAAUGGAGCCUUUCGGAGUGUGACGCCUCCCCGUGGCUGAAUGAGGAACUGCUGGCUUUGAAUUUGUUCCCUGAGGUUUUGGAGAAAAAAUACGGAUACUCCUUGUGUUUGCUGGACAGAGAUGCGGCUCCGGGAGGAGUGUAUACAGAAGACAUUAUCAACCUUAUUAAGAAAAGCCGAAGAGGAGUAUUUAUCUUGAGCCCAAACUAUGUCAAUGGACCGAGUAUCUUUGAAUUACAAGCAGCAGUGAAUCUUGCCCUGGAUGAUAAAACAUUGAAACUAAUUUUAAUUAAGUUCCGUGCCUUUGAGGAGCCAGAAUCGCUACCUCAUCUAGUGAAAAAAGCUCUAAGAGUUUUGCCCACUGUCGCAUGGAAAGGCUUAAAAUCAGUUCCUCCCGGUUCCCGGUUCUGGACCCAAAUGCGCUACCACAUGCCUGUUAAGAACGCUAAAGGAGUCACAUGUAGCAAGUUCAGAAUUAUCCCACAAAUUUUUCCCCCAGCAAGUCUGAAACCACGAGGAGGGGCUCCCAGCUUAAAGAACUCUGAAUUGGGCAAGAACAUGCUGCCUACCUGGCACCGGGUGGGAGGGAUGUGAACGGAGCUAACACUCAGCCUGGAAGAGCAGGUCUUCCUCCAGCCCCGAGCAGGCUGGACAGACACAGGAAGGAGAACGACGCUGUGGCUGGCUGCUGGAUGGGACGAGGGAAUUCUCCAGAGCUCUGCGCGUGUCCUGCACACGGUGCCCCCAGCAUGUUCCCAGCGAUCGCAGUGGAAGCUGCUGGUGCAGCACUUCCUGCUUUGCAACAAAGGGCUGUGGUCACUUAGGACUUCGUUUAUACAUAUUGUCUCAGAUAAACACCAUUGCAUUAGGAUAGAAUGAGCUCAACUGUGCCUCCAGGUUUUCCCAUGAGAAUUCUUUUCCAAUAAAUAUGUAUGUUUCAUUUUUGAUGAA